AUGGAAAACAUCACUGAAGUCACUGAAUUUGUCUUGAAGGGCUUCACAAACAAUGCUGACUUGGAGAUCCUUUUCUUCUUACUCUUUCUAGCAAUUUACCUCUUCACACUCAUGGGGAAUUUAGGACUGAUUACUCUUGUCAUUGGGGAUUCCCGCCUCCACAACCCCAUGUACUAUUUUCUGAGUGUGUUGUCCUCAGUGGAUGCCUGCUAUUCCUCUGUUAUUACACCACAAAUGGUGGUUGACUUUAUGUCAGAGAAGAAGGUAAUUUCGUUUAUUGGCUGCGCUGUACAGAUGUUCCUGGCUGUUACUUUCGGUACCACAGAAUGCUUUCUCUUGGCGGCAAUGGCUUAUGACCGCUAUAUUGCAAUUCACCAUCCACUGCUCUAUGUAGUAAUCAUGUCACCCAGAGUAUAUGUGCCACUUAUCAUUGCUUCCUAUGCUGGUGGAAUUUUACAUGCUGUUAUUCAUACUGUGGCCACAUUCAGACUGUCUUUUUGUGGGUCCAAUGAAGUCAGUCAUAUUUUCUGUGACAUCCCUCCUCUACUGGCCAUUUCUUGUUCUGACACACGCCUCAACCAGCUUCUCCUCUUCUACUGUGCCGGGUCUAUUGAGAUAGUCACGAUCCUGAUUGUCCUGAUGUCCUACGGCUUCAUUCUGUCCACUAUUCUGAGGACACGCUCUGCUGAAGGUAAAAGAAAAGUCUUUUCUACAUGCGGCUCUCAUCUAACUGCAGUGUCCAUUUUUCAUGGUACUGUUCUUUUCAUGUAUGUGAGACCAAGCUCCAGCUAUGCUUUGGAACAUGACAUGGUCGUGUCUAUGUUUUACAGCAUUGCAAUUCCCAUGCUGAAUCCUCUCAUUUACAGUUUGAGAAACAACGACGUAAAAGAGGCAAUUAGAAAAGUGUUUGGUAAAAGACUAAUUUGUAGAUAA